UGACUCCUCCUCUUCCUUUUCAGAGCUCGCAACCGGUCGAGAUGGGUCACCAGCAGCUGUACUGGAGCCACCCGAGGAAGUUCGGACAGGGGUCCCGCUCCUGCCGUGUGUGCUCUAACAGACAUGGAUUGAUCCGCAAAUAUGGACUGAACAUGUGCCGUCAAUGUUUCAGGCAAUAUGCAAAGGAUAUUGGCUUUGUCAAGCUGGACUAAACCUAUUCCCUCUAUGGAAAAACCUGUCACCACCUGAUGAUCACAGAAGAAUUAUUCGUAGUGCACUGGUAUCAACAGAAACAUGAACAUCUUGUUAUGGACAUAAACAUCUUCUGCAAUUUUCAAACAACAAAAAGAAUGUCCGUUUUAUACAUGUUAAAAUAUCAAAUUGGGAGAUCCCAAAAUAAAUAUUGAACCCAAA